GUAGUUUUCACAGUAACUAUCUUCUUCUUUCUAAUCAAAGGCCACUAUUUGGUCACCCUGUGGAAUAUCACCUGGGUAUAUUUCAUCGCCGUGUUGUACUCGAGGAACAAAAUAAUGAACUGCCUAAACUCCAUGUACGCACUUUUAAAAAUCACAAAAUAUCAACAAAGCAUAGUUAUUCCUCUAUCGCUAGUAUUUUCUUCUUUUCUCGUUUACCUACUAAGUACCCCUUUGGUUUUCACAGUACAUGAACUGAACAUCCCUAAUUUGUCCAUCCAAGUAAUGUACAUUCUCAACUUCAGUUUAGAGAUCACCUUCAAUGCGUUGUGCUUUUCCACCGCAAUGGUUUUCAGAGACAUAAGGCUUCAGAUGAAAGAUAAAGCUGUAGGUGAUGUGACUAAGGAAGGUAUUUUACGUUUGGUACACACCCAAUGGAUGGCCUACCAACAAGUAGAUCUCGUUACACAGGCUUUCAGUCCUCAUUUGUUCAACUACAUCACAGUCGGCAUGUCAGUCAUCAUGUAUGUCAAUAUCUACUUUAGGAAGAUGAUUAAGCACGUGUCACUCUACAUGCCCCUCUUACUUGGAACAUGGUCCAUGUCUCUCAUGUGUUACUGCAGUCAUCUUAUAGACACUGAGGCAGAUAAAUUACUAUUGGAAAUCCAAGGACUCAUUUAUAAGAAUACAUCACCUAAAGUUCAUCAACUGCUGGUCGUGAUGAUGGAGCAAGUGAGAAUACGAAAGCUACACGUCUCAGUACAAGACUGCUUCAAGCUACACCUGCCACUACUGCUCUCUUUGGCAAACAUAUUUGUUACCUUCAUGGUCGUACUUCUCGGAUUUACGUGAAUGACAACAGUCACACUCCAGUAGAAUAUGACUUCAGAAUUGCUGAAAUAGCUAGAUGUGAAAUAUGUUAUCUAUAAAAAGUA